UGGAGCCAGCCGGGGCGAUGGAGCCAGCCGGCCUCUCCACGGAGCGGGCGAGCCAAGUCAUCCGGUGCAGGGCCGCGGUGGCCUGGACAGCAGGUGCACCCUUGUCCAUCGAGGAAGUUGACGUGGAUCCACCAAAGGCUGGCGAAGUCCGCAUCAAGAUUCUGUCUUCUGGGAUCUGUGGGACGGACGUGCACAUCCUGGAAGGGAGAAACAAAAUGCCUUUCCCUGUGAUUCUUGGCCACGAGGGCGCUGGAGUGGUCGAGAGUGUGGGGGAAGGCGUCACCGGCCUGAAGCCAGGAGACAAGGUCCUGGCGCUGCCGCUGCCGCAGUGCAGAGAAUGCAGCUCCUGCCUGCACCCCAGGGGGAACUUUUGCCUGAAGGAAAACGUCCUGUCUCCCACCGGGCUCAUGCUGGACGGCACCAGCAGGUUCUCCUGCAGAGGGCGGAGGAUCCACCACCUGUUCGGGGCCAGCUCAUUCACGGAGUACACGGUGGUGGCCGAGAUCGCGGUGGCCAGAGUCGACGCGGCCGCCCCCAUGGACAGGGUCUGCAUCUUCAGCUGCGAGGUGCCCACGGGCCUCGGGGCUGUGCUGAACACAGCCCAGGUCACCCCUGGCUCCACCUGCGUGGUCUUCGGGCUCGGGGGGAUCGGCUCGGCCAUCGUCCUGGGCUGCAAAGCCUCGGGGGCCUCCAGGAUCAUCGGGGUGGACAUCAACGAGGAGAAGUUCCCCCGGGCCCGCGCUCUGGGGGUCACUGACUGCCUCAACCCGCGGAAGCUGCAGAAGCCCGUGCAGGAGGUGGUGCUGGAGAUGACCGGCCUCGGGGUGGACUUCGCCUUCGAGGCCGUGGGCUGCACCGAGACCAUGGUCGCGGCGCUGGAGUCCUGCCGGCUGAGCUACGGGGUGUGCGUGAUCAUUGGAGUGGCGCCUUCCGACUCAAAGCUCUCCUUCGACCCGUCGCUGCUUCUCUCCGGGAGGACCCUGAAAGGGGGCGCCCUGGGAGAAUACAAAAGCAGAGAUUCUGUCCCGAAGCUGGUAACUGACUACCUGCAAAAGAGAAUCGACAUAGAACCCCUGAUCACCCACAAGCUACCUUUUGAGAAAAUCAAUGAGGCGUUUGGAUUGCUCCGAGAUGGAAAUUGCAUCCGCUGCGUCCUCCUGCUCUGAGCCCCCGCCGCCCG